CGCAGGGCAUCACAUUUGAGGAGGUGGAGAAUUUCUUCACCUUUCUGAAGAACGUGAACGAUGUGGACACGGCUCUGAGUUUCUACCACAUGGCAGGAGCCUCCAUAGACAAAGCCACCAUGAAGCAGGUGGCGCGCACUGUGGCCAAGGUGGAGCUCUCGGACCAUGUGUGCGAUGUGGUGUUUGCACUGUUUGACUGCGAUGGCAACGGGGAGCUGAGCAAUAAGGAGUUCAUCGCCAUCAUGAAGCAGAGGCUGAUGCGCGGGCUGGAGAAACCCAAAGACAUGGGCUUCACGCGGCUGGUGCGCGCCAUGGUCAAGUGCGCCCAGGACACCGCCUGGGACUUCGCCACGCCCAAAGCACACUAGUGCCCAGGGAGGGAGGGAGGGGGAGAGAGGAUGAAAGAAGAAGAAGAGGAGGAGGAGGAGGAGGAGGAGGAGAUGAUGAUGGGCUAAGGGGGAGGACGGCGAGGAGGAGAAACCCGAAAGAGUGCCAAAGGCGUCCUGGCAUCAGCAAAGCCCUUCUCUCUCUCUCUCUCUCUCUCUCUCUCCCUCUGUCUAUCUCUCCUCCCAGAUAUAAAUAAAUCAUUCUGCUAAGGAACUCAUUAAGAUGCCACGCCUGAUAGGGCUGAUCAAUCAUGCACGCGUGCGUACCACAGCAGGGAACUCUGCCCAGCUCCAGCUCCAGCUCCUCCUCCUCCUCCUCCACCUCCUCCUCCUCCUCCUCCGCCCGCCAACACCCACCAGCGUGGCGCAGUGUGUCUGUGGGGGAACUGGAGAAAGGACAGCUAACGGGGGGGGGGGGGGGUUGUGCGUUGUGAUGAGUGAUGUGACUUUGCAGCAUUGGAAUGCUUGUAUUUAUCUCAGCUUAGGUGACUUCACUUUCCCGGUUAAACCUGGCCUACAAAACAUGGCGCCACAGAAACAUCAUUGUCUUUUAUCACUCCGUUUCGUGGGCUCAGAUGCCUGGAUAUUGUCCCUUAUUGUUUCCUUUACGUGAAUGGGCCCAUAGAGUCUUAUUCAACAGAGAUUAUUCAACCCUAUAUAUAUAUAUUCCCCUGCAGAUGUAUAUGUUAUAUGCCAUAAGACCUGUGACCGCGGGGCUGCUGUCGUCUUCUGUGUCUGCUCUGAUCUCAUUGGCUCCAGCUGUACACAUGGCACACACACACACACACACACACACACCUGCUCCAGCUGUACACCUGGCACACACCCACACCCACACCCACACACACACACACACACACACACACACACACACACCUGCUGCAGCCGUACACAUGGCCCUAUGAUGAUAUAGUCCUGCGAAUGUUUGUUAUGCCUGAAUGACUUUGUAGAGAUUCAUGUAAAAAGAAUGCUAAACUAAAAGAUGAUUUUUUUUCACAA